AGCUCUCAUGAUCACACUUAAAAGAGCUCUCAUAUAUGAUCACACUUAAAAGAGUUUUUAUAUAACUGAAAGUUGUGCAAUAACUUUCAGUUAUAUAUACCCACAAAAAUAUCCUCACCAGACCCUCAAGCACCGAGCCCCAAGCUGGUCAGUCCAUGACCAUGGCCACCUCACUCUCUCCAUCUCUUCUCCUACUCUUCUCCAUUGCCCUUGUCUUCAUCCCUUCCGCCCAAGCCCUGAGCUCCAAGUACUGUGAUGCUCCAGACAAAGGCUCGACUCUCCAAGUCUUCCAUGUCUACAGCCCCUGCUCCCCAUUCAGGGCAUCAAAGCCAGUCUCAUGGGAAGACACCAUUCUCCAAAUGGAGUCCAAAGACCAGGCCAGGCUCCAGUACCUGGCCAGCCUCGUCGCACGCAAGUCCAUCGUGCCCAUUGCCUCUGGCCGCCAGAUCCUUCAGAUUCCGACUUAUAUAGUCCGCGCUCAGAUCGGCACGCCGCCCCAAACGCUCCUCAUGGCCAUGGACACCAGCAAUGACGCCGCCUGGGUGCCCUGCUCCGGCUGCGAGGGCUGCUCUUCUGCUACUUUAUUCGAUGCCACCAAGUCCACCACCUUCAAGCCCGUCCCCUGCCAAUCACCUCAGUGCCAGCAGGUACCCAACCCUAGUUGUGGAGGCGGCGCGUGCAGCUUCAACCUGACAUACGGCGGCUCUACCGUCGCGGCGAACCUCUCACAGGAAACCCUGAUGCUGGCGGCGGACCCCGUGCCGAGCUACACCUUCGGCUGCAUCGGGAAGGUGACUGGCGGCUCCCUGCCGCCGCAGGGGUUGUUGGGGCUUGGGCGGGGGCCGUUGUCGCUGCUGUCGCAGACGCAGAGCCUCUACCAGUCGACGUUUUCGUACUGCUUGCCGAGCUUCAAGUCGGCCAACUUUUCUGGGUCGCUGAGGCUCGGCCCCAUUGGGCAGCCGAAGAGGAUUAAGUAUACUCAGCUUCUGAGGAACCCUAGAAGAUCGUCGCUAUACUAUGUGAACAUGAUCGGAAUUAGGGUCGGCCGGCGAGUGGUCGACAUCCCACCGAGUGCACUGGCGUUCGACCCUUCCACCGGCGCCGGCACCAUUUUUGACUCCGGGACGGUGUACACGAGACUGGUGCAACCAGCGUACACGGCGGUGCGAGACGAGUUCCGGAGGCGAGUGGGGGCCAACCUGACGGUGACAUCCCUGGGCGGCUUCGACACCUGCUACUCCGUCCCAAUCGUGGCACCGGCGGUGACGCUACUGUUCUCCGGCAUGAACGUGACGCUGCCGCCGGACAACAUUUUGAUCCACAGCUCCGCCGGCAGCACCACGUGCCUGGCCAUGGCAGCCGCCCCGGCGGAGGGAGUGAGCUCCGUGCUCAACGUCAUCGCCAACCUGCAGCAGCAGAAUCACCGCAUCCUCUUCGACAUCCCCAACUCCAGGCUGGGCGUCGCCCGUGAAAGCUGCACCUAAAUCAUCAUCAUCAUAAUUUUCUUUCGUUCUGCUUCUUUUGCUAUAAUUGGGGAAUAAUCCAUUGAAGAAAGAGAAAGAGGGGUCCGGGAUUAGUCGUAUUGUGAUUUGACGGAUGCGUCACGGGCGAUCUUUUACGUUUGUCGGUUAGUGUGUGUGUGUGUCUCUCUCUCUCUCUCUCUCUAUCUCUUUGCAGUUGUUGCGUUACAGCGCGAUUAUAAUAGGGGUGGUACGGCCUGGGGGGUCACGAGCGCUUGGAUUGGAAUUCACCAAAUUUUGUGAUUUUUGGAAGCUUUAAUUUGUAUCUGUUGCUUUAUGCUUUUAUUAGUUUAUAUUUUCUCGCGGUUGGUAGUGGUGGAAUGGAAUGAGCCUUCUGUUACUCUCCGAGCGGAUAAAUAAAUUUAUCCAAAUCUUCUCGUUC